UUUUGUGUUUUUAAGUCCCUGUUGAUGUUACAGAUUUAAUUUCAUCACUCUCUAGCCAUGGUCCGUCUAUAAUUCGAAUUGUGUGCAAAGUAGUAGCACGAAGCAAGCAAAUGGCUUUGUGUAGGGACAUUUGUGCUAGCCCUGCAGUGUGAUAUCGCGUGAGACAUUAGGCGCGAGGAGCGGGGUUUUCUUUGCAGUUUGUUAAACAAUUCCAACACUGCCUUUUGUCGCUAUCUUGGCUGGAGGCUAUGCGCGGGACCGUGAGUGAUUGAUUCUCGGUAAAUGAGAGAGAAAGAGGAAUGUCUACAUCACACCCCGCCAACUGCCCAGUCUGUCUCAGUGAUUUAGCUGGACAGCAAGUGGCCACACCAGCCAACUGUGAUCACUAUUUUUGUUUGGAAUGCAUUAUGCAGUGGUCACGGAACACUAACACCUGUCCAGUGGAUCGCAUUGCAUUUGAUGUUCUUUACCAGAAAGAGUCCCCUGGAGGUGAAAUUAAACACGUGAUAAAAGUUGAGAACCCACGAAACAGCAGUGAAGAUGUGACAGAGGAGCAGAUCACCUGUGAAAACUGUGGCCGGUCUGACCUGUCCCAUCUGAUAAUAUUGUGCUCAAGAUGUGAUACAGGGUACCACCCCAGGUGCCUCACUAUUCCCCUUGACGGUGUUCCAGUAUCUGGCUGGCUCUGCCCUGAGUGUGCUGAUGGCCCCGAGGGAGGCGAGGGGGCCCCAGAGGAGGAUUAUGGUGUGAGUGAGGAGGAGGUAGCUGCUUUAUUGGCUGAGGCAGCAUUGGCCCCACUGCCUAGCAGACUCCGCCUGAGCACGUUGACCAGCCCUCCUGAACUGCUCGGCAAGAGACGCAGCAAGAGGCUCUGCUCACAAGCAAAUAAAUCCUCCCAUGAUCAUCGCCAUACCCACAGUGCACAGGUUCAGGUUCCCAAAUAUCUGCUGAAGUCGAAGUCCACAGUACUGUCAGACACAGGUGACGAAGGCAGCAGCAAAGACAUCCAGAAAUCUCCCACAACAAACGUAAGACACAACGGCAAGAGAAGAAGAGCUGACCAGCAAUGAGCAAGCUUUCCUUUUUUAAUAUCAAAAAGCAUAAUAUUAAAUGUCCUGUCCGGGAAAUGUUUAUGUAAUUAUAAUUUUAAUGGUUUUUUUUUUAAUGUUUGUUUGUUUUGUUUUGUUUUUGUAUUGUUCGUGGUGGUAUACAGGCUAAUGUUGCAUUGUACUGGUGUGUAGGUUGCUGUUUGAUGUAAUGCACAGCAGAGGGCAGCAGGCAUCCAUUUGAAGCACAGAAUGGACCUCUUCAGGAGUCACAUGAUGCGAAGAUAAGAGACUCUGUGGGUAAUGACUUCUGGGGAAAUGAAAGUACGAUGCAUAGACCUAGAUUCAACUAAAACAAUAAACUAGUUUAAUCUAGGUAUGUGGUAAGAAGCUUACAAUUUGUUUGCAAACAGAAUUAGUUGAUUGAAUUGUAUUUGUAUUUAGGCUUUAAGUAAAGAUUUUUAAAAUAAAGAUGUUUUGUUACAUUUUCUUCUUAUUUUCUUCUUCCAAUGGGAUUAUAGUGAAAACAAGUGUACUGAGUGAAAGCAAAGAGAAUCUUUGCAAAGACAAAAAAGAACAUUUUAUGUUUAAUUAAAAAAAAACACAUCCUCCA